UGGCAGCGGUGGCAUAUGGCACACGAACAUGGAUUGGACGACUUCACACCCUCUGCGUUUUUUCAACUCCAUGCGGUGACGGACCCAAAGUUGAUUACAAAAAGAGACAUUUUACGCAUGUACGGAUUGCAACGAGAUGAGAUCGUCGGUCAAGGAGACGGGAUGGGGGGCCAUGAUAACAGCGAGCACAUUUCUCCCGAGUUGAAAGAUAGGGUGGUUACCCGUGUACUACACCUUAUGGAUAAAGACAAGAAUGGGGUGAUUAGUAUGGAAGAGUGGUUAGAGUUUUCGUUGAGUGGCGGAGAGUUUCCUGAUUUUGGAUUGGGCCCCGGUCAUGAAUAUGAUUUUGAAGAGGAGUACGAGAAGCACCAUUGGUUGAAAUAUCACGCACAGGAUGAUCCAGACGUUGAAAUCAUGCAUAAAGAAGACAUAGAGCACGAGCUCUUGCAC